UUGGCAUAAAGGAUGUUUCCAUUGUGAGGUCUGCAAGAUGGCUCUCAACAUGAACAACUACAAAGGCUAUGAAAAGAAGCCCUAUUGUAAUGCACACUACCCAAAGCAGUCCUUCACAACAGUGGCAGAUACACCUGAGAAUCUUCGCCUGAAGCAGCAAAGUGAAUUGCAGAGUCAGGUCAAGUACAAAAGAGAUUUUGAAGAAAGCAAAGGGAGGGGCUUCAGCAUCGUUACCGAUACUCCUGAGCUGCAGAGACUGAAGAGGACUCAGGAACAAAUCAGCAACGUACGUGUCCAGUUUAUCAGUGGCAUGACAGCCUUGAUGUGUGUUUCUGGAUGAGAAAGUGAGGCGGGGUGACUUGGAAGUGUGUGUGUCGCUGUGGAAUGCAAGUGGUGCUCAGUGCACUCAUAGAAUGUGCCAUCUUCAUCUGGUAAAUCCCUCCCCUUGGUUUCAUCACAGUUAUCUAGAGCCUAACGCUUAGUUAUUUUAUUAUAGAUCUCCUUAUUUCAUUUUGAAUGGUUCUCAGCUUUUGAAUUUUUUCAAAAAUAGGACUUUUAUGAUUACGUGUAAAAAUUUGACAGUUAAUUUUUUUGUUGUGGAUAGUAAGAUUUCAUAGUUUAACUCAUUAUUUAUUGAAAUCAUGCAUUACAUCUAAGUUUUGAAAUAAACAUUUAUAUAUGUA